UUAAAAUGUUAGAAGAAAAUUCUCAAUUUCACACUUUAGUCAAGAACAUAUAUCAUCAAUUUCAAAAUCAAAUUGCUUUCUAAAUUUUUUUAUAAUUAUUUCAAUUUUUGUCCCUUUCUCUUUAAAUAUCGCUUUCUCUGGUCAGCCUUAUUCCGAAAUUUCAUCCCAUUAUCAUAUCAUCAUUCCCAAUAAGUUCUAGCUCGCCUUCAACAAUACAUUCAUCGAUACAUUUAUCGUCAUGUCUCAGACAGUUGAGCUUAAGGUUGCCAUGUCAUGUCAAGGCUGUGUCGGAGCGGUGAAGAGGGUUCUUGGAAAGACAGAAGGUGUGGAGUCAUUCGACAUUGAUCUGGAGAAGCAGAAGGUGACCGUGAAGAGCAACAUCCCGCCCGAAACAGUUCUUCAGGCCGUGUCGAAGACUGGGAAGGCAACCUCGUUUUGGGAGGCGGGCGAGGCGGGAGCGAAGUCCGCAUAGGCGAUUCCGUGGUGUUGCAAGAGUACUUGGACAUCAUGGAAAUAAUGUGUUGGUGAGGAUAUAUGUAAGUCAUAAGUAGUAGCUUCUUGCAAGCAUAUUAUACCUAUCUUGAAAUACCUUCAUUUUCUUGUCUUUAAAGAUAAAUUUAUGUCUUUGAUUUUUAAAUGAUGUAAGGGAAGUGGAUGGCUGGAGAUAUGGCUUAUUUGGGAAUGUGAUGAAAUUGAAUAAAUUUAUUUGGAAGUAUUGCAUAUGAA